AUGGUUCGAAUGAGCGUGCUGGCUGAUUGCCUCAAGACGAUUAACAACGCAGAGAAGAGAGGAAGGAGGCAGGUGCUGAUAAGGCCUUCCUCCAAGGUCGUGAUAAAAUUCUUGCAGUACAUGCAGAAGAAGGGUUACAUUGGAAAUUUUGAAAUUGUGGAUGACCACCGCUCGGGAAAAAUUGUGGUCAACCUACUGGGACGAAUAAACAAGUGCGCCGUUAUAUCACCCAGGUACGACGUCAAGCUGGAGGAGAUUGAAAAAAUCAUCACCAACAUCCUGCCCAGUAGACUGUUCGGUCACUUAAUCCUCACGACCCCCUACGGCAUUAUGGAUCACGAGGAGGCCAGAAGAAAACACACGGGAGGCAAGGUCCUUGGAUUUUUCUUUUAA